GCCGCGGAGGGUGGGAGGUGUGAAUGGUGGACGGGUGAGGGGAGUGCCAGAGGCAGAAAAGGGAAGGAGGCGAGGAGGAGUAGUCGUGGCCCGAGGGCGUGUGGUGGGGCGAGAGCUGAACUGGACGGGAGGAGGGAGGCAGUGGUGGUGGCAGCGGAGAGGGGGAGGAGAGAGGGAGGGGAAGAAGGAGGAAGCGAGCGCGGCUGCUGCAGGGGGAGGAAGACGGGGAGGAGGAGCCGUGCGCCGCGGCGGCGGCCGCCAGGGGAACCGAGCGCCCGGCGCGGAGAGCGCGGGAGCGGAGCAGUAGCCCGAUCCGGGGCCGCGGGCCGAGCUGCCGAUUGGCCAACGGCUCCUUUCAACCCUGCCUCGUUGGUGGCCACUGGAGAAGCGCGGGGGGCUCCCCCAGACAGCCGUGGGGACAAGUUAGAGCCAGCACUUUACCCCGGGCCUUGCGUGUAGCUUCCCCUCCCCUACUCUCGGUGCCCUGGUGUCUGGAGGGGGGUUGUGGGGGUGUGCCCGCCUUACAUGGUCCACCACCCGGGCAACCCUCUGGGCUUGUGUUCCAUCUCACUCUUGCUUCCUGUACUGUGGUCAAGGGGAACCACUUUGCAUCAUGUCCCGGUAUAGCUACCAGAGUCUCCUGGACUGGCUCUAUGGGGGCGUGGACCCCAGUUUUGCAGGCAAUGGGGGCCCCGACUGUGCUGCCUUCCUCUCUUGGCAGCAGCGGCUGCUGGAAAGUGUGGUGGUCCUGACCCUGGCUCUGUUGGAGAUCCUGGUGGCCCUGCGGCACAUCCUGAGGCAGACGAAGGAGGACGGUAGGGGUAGCCCUGGCAGCCAGCCAGAGCAGGUGACCCAGCGGCCAGAGGAAGGCAAGGAGAGCCUGAGCAAGAAUCUGCUCUUAGUAGCCCUGUGCCUGACCUUCGGGGUGGAGGUGGGCUUUAAGUUCGCCACCAAGACCGUCAUCUACCUGCUCAACCCCUGUCACCUGGUCACCAUGAUGCAUAUCUUUCUCCUGGCCUGCCCUCCAUGUCGGGGAGCUAUCGUCGUCUUCAAGCUACAGAUGCACAUGUUGAAUGGAGCUCUUCUGGCAUUGCUGUUUCCUGUGGUAAACACUCGGCUGCUCCCCUUUGAGUUGGAGAUUUACUACAUUCAGCAUGUUAUGCUCUACGUGGUACCCAUCUACCUGCUUUGGAAAGGAGGUGCUUACACUCCAGAGCCCCUCAGCAGUUUCCGGUGGGCUCUUCUCUCAACUGGCCUCAUGUUCUUUUAUCACUUCAGCGUCUUGCAGAUCCUCGGCCUGGUCACCGAAGUGAAUUUGAACAACAUGCUGUGUCCGGCCAUCUCAGACCCAUUCUACGGCCCCUGGUAUCGCAUCUGGGCCUCGGGACACCAGACUCUCAUGACCAUGACCCACGGGAAGCUGGUCAUCCUGUUCUCAUACAUGGCUGGGCCCUUGUGUAAAUAUCUGCUGGAUUUGCUCCGGCUUCCAGCCAAGAAAAUAGACUGAAGGUGCUUAUUUUUUUUUUUUUUUUCCUCCCUGAGGAAGCAAGUCGUGACUUGACUUGGAGAACACCCAGUUCUUGAUGAAAUCAUGGGAGAGGGCAGUAGGAUGUUUGGUGUAUUUCUUUUUCCUCCUUUCUGUCCCUUUCUUCUACCACUCUUCCUUCCCCAGCUCUUCCCCCUACGAUGUCUCUUUGAGCCUGGGGUGUAGUGCUGGGCACUGGAUUUUCCUCCUUCCCUUUGGCUCUCUCUCUGCUCCUAGUGGCCUUACAUGGGGAGAUUGCAGUGAGCGGCUCUUUCACUCUGCUUGUCGGUGCUUUAACAACAGCUGGUUGAGGAGAAAGGGAACAACAAGUAGUAGUUCUUUUGGCAUCGAAGCAAUGAGAUUGGGUUGUGUUUCAUUUCUCCACUGCCAGGGACCUCCAGGCUUAUGCUGGCGUCCCAUUUAGUCUCCAGCACAGCCCUUACCACGGGGGACUGAGGCCUUGUUUCUAUACCAGCGGCAAGCCCAGAGCCGAGGGAUUUCACAGCUCAUGGUCAAGACAGAACCAGCCAGAUUCUGGUCACUGGUGUCCCAUGACUCAAAGUAAGCAGCCAACCAGCCACUCCCUCCAGGAUGCUGCCUGGGGUGGGAGGUGAGAGCACCACCCAGCCCAAGGGCUAGAUUCCAUUGAGAGGGUUGGAGAUCUAUUGCAAUGACAAAUCCAAAGUGAAGAGGGUCAAGAUAUAUACAGUACUAGGCCAGACCCUGUGUAAGUUCUGCCUAUGAGAGUUGAGAACUGAUGCAUAUCCCAAUCAGAAGUGAGCACAGAAAACUGUGAUUUGAAUCAUACACUCUGUUUUAGGAAAAUGUUGAUAAUAGAUACCAUUUUAAUCUUGAGUGCCCCUUAAAUGUGUUCCCUCUCCCUUUCCCUCUCCCCCCACCCCUCCCCCUCCCCCCUCCCUCCCUCUCUCCCUCUCUCAGGCAGCUUCAGGGAAGAAUGAGCUGGAAUUGGCUGGUUGGUUGGUUUUUGAGUUUGGAGAAUCCUCGCAUCAGGGCCCAUUUCUGGAAGAUUCUGUGGAUCUGUUUCUUGGUUUUACAGGGAAUGUCAGCAUCCCGGGGUUGAGCAGCUAUAGCUCUUGCCAGUGUUGUUUCCCUAGGGCCAGGUUUCUUCAGUGUAUCCACACUCAGUGCUGAAUUGUUUAAUGUGGGGGACAUCACAUCCUCCUCAUCCUGUCUACCCCAAAAUCCCAUGUCUAGGUUGAAAGGGGGCUGCCAAAGAAUUAAGUCCUCAUGGGUGGAGGUUCAGGUGCUCCACAAGGAGGAGCUUUUGUUGAAGGACUUCAGCUCAGUUAUGCACGGACCUCAAGCAGGCAGGAAGUGGCUGGGCAUUGCUGACUCCGCAUUGACUCCCACUAGGAACAGAUUUGCUUAAGAACAGAAAAGAUCAUUUGGUGACUUUGUCUGAUGAGCCUCCCUUCCCCUGUCCCACUCUAGGCAACACAGUUGACCUAGGCCAGUUCCAGUAUUUCCAGUUUGACCUACAUUGAGCUUCGGUGCCUCAGUGGUCAUAAUUUUAGCAAGUGGACCUAUAGGAAGCAACCCUGGGAGGGACCGUCCUUCUGCAGAGGCCUGCGGGCAUUGAGGCUAUCAAUCCCCAGGGCUUGGGGAGCAGGAGGGGAGGGCACCAAGUGCUCUUACUCUCCUGAGCUCCUUUUGAUGCGUAAGCUUUGUUUUUGGCCCUCUUUGAAGGCAGGGCCAAACUUUUCUUAGUGCCUCUCACCUUAGGGUGGCCCUCCAGGGGAGGUGCUUCUUGAAUGGCUGGAUUGGCCCUGCCCACCGUCAAACUGCUACAUGUAGGAAUAGCUGAUGAGGAAAUACACAAGGCCUCAGUGCCCCUUGGCCUCUUUACAAAAGGAGAAGUUGGAAGGGGAUUGUGGGAGGAGCCCCUGGGGGCCUGGUCUGUCCUCCACCAGAACUUGGAGUUGCUGCCAGCAGAGGUUCUGUGCCUCAGCUGAGGACUAGCUCCGGAAUGUCAUAGGGGUGUGACUGUGUAGGCCUUCUCCUCCUCCUCGUUUCUGUGGCAUGGCACAGGUUGCCUGGUUGCUCGAGCCUUCCCCAUAUUGACAUCCUCCACAAGCUUGCCUUUGCUCUGUCUACAGCUUAGUACCCCAUUCUGGAGGGCACUUUCUGGUGCUUGGAAGGAGAGAAGAAAGCAAAAGCCACAUGCCUGGCAUGGCCAAGCCAGAGACAGAUCCACCUGUCAGAGGAAGGAAGAAGUAAAGGGGGGCAUGCAGGGCUUUUGGGGGCCAGAUUGGCUUAGAAACAUAUAGGUCAAAAGAAUAGAGGGGGCCCAGUCUAUAGGCUUCACAAGGAGCUAUGGCCUGUAUUUGGGGGCAUUGGGGAGCAUAAGGCAUCUGAACUGGUCCAGAUCUCACUCUUAUCUUGGGCCAAGCCAAUGUGGAGAGAAGCAACCCAACCAGACUCUUGGCAGCCUGCCUUACAGGGUAGCCCACCUUAUAGGGUAGCCCUCAUAUCUGCCCAAUGCCGGCCCUCUACUGCCCCAGCUUUGGUACAGGAGUGAGGGAGAAGCUGGAGCUUGCACACCCAGUGGCCAGUGGGGCUGUCUUCCCAGCUCCUCCUCAGGGCUUUCCUGUCAGUGCCAAGCCAGUUCCCCAGCCAGGUUUCCGUGUGCCAUUUGCCAGCGUGUGGGAGCUCUGCGCGUGUGUGAGGGUGUUUGUAGAAGAGGGCAGUUUCCUUUCAAAUGGCCUUAGGAAGGGAAAAGAGUACUCCCUCCAGCCCCUAGGUAGCCUUGGCCAGGGAUGUGGGCCAAGAACAGUCUGUGGAGCUGGCCAACUUGUGGCAUCCACUCCAAAUAGCAGAGACCCAGUCACGCCUGCUUCUGGUCCUCCCUGCCCUCAGUAUUUGGUUUUGUACACCAAAGAUGAUCUGGCCCAUCUUCCUCCCAGAGGCACAACAGUAACAUGUUCCUCUGUCAGCCUGUGAAGGCAUGCAGGGUUCUGAAGCCACAGACUCAGUCUCCCCAAGUCAGCAAUCUCUUUCUCUCUCUCUCCUCAAACUUCAUCGCAUUCAUAGAAGCUGCUUGCAGGGUCGCCGGGCUAACCAGGGUGAUCGGCGAACUUUACCGUACAGUACCUCAGUCUAACUGUCAGAUCAUCCCUUUUGCUGUAGCCUCUUUUGAGGUUUUUAUAUUUGUGAUCAUUGGUAAUUCAGUGUCUUAUGAAGUGGGCACAGCUCCCCAUAGAGAGCAAGUUGUCAGCAGGUCUCUGUGCACUGGUGUUGGGGCAGGGCAGUGCCCUGGGGGUAAGCUAGGUGGCUCAGGGAGUGGCAGAAGCGCCAUUUUUCCCCCCUCCCUCUGCCAAAAAGACUUCCUUGGAUUUGUAGAUGUUGACCCAGAGUCAUCUGUCCCCUCCUGAAGAGGAUUUUCUUACUGGUUUCUACUGAAGGGGAGGUAGGGGAGGAGGAAAAAAGGACCAUGUGUGAUGCUGUUAGACAAGACACUGAUGCUGAUUAUGGAGGGUCUCCUGCAGGCCCUUGUGGGCUCCUUGGCAAGGCCCCAGGCUGGGAAGGAGCUCCCCCCACUGCCCAUCCUGCCCGCUUUGUGGUGGGUAGAAUCAGUGACAGGGAGGCAGCCCUCCUUUUGUGUACAUAGAGUGAGCUGAUUUGGGCUCAGGAAAACCUAGUCGCUUGUUGCUCUUGUCUGUGACAUUUUUGUACACUGGUUUGCUACUCAUGGCAAGAAACAGACAAAGCCCCAUGAAAAAUAAAACAAAAGUCAUUUCAAACAAAGCUGUUGUUUUGAAAACUCUUGCUUUCUUUUGGUGUCCAUUUUGUGUUCUAUUUUAAAGAAUCUUUCAUUUAUAUUGGUGUUAUUGUAGUGAAGAGAAUGUGAUAGGCUGAUCUGUAACGGUUUCUGUCAGGAGCUUAGCAAAUGCCUCUGCCCAUCUUCCCCUACCCCUGUCCUUCCUCAGUUCCCAGCUGGGAUUGCUAUGCACUGGGCAGACCCGUCACUGUCUCCCCUGAACCCCCACACAGUGGCUUCCCUUAGAACCAGUCUUUGUACUCUCCCUAAACAGCAGCAGGCUUAGGAUUUUUGUCAGGCUGGUUCUUGCGUGCUCUGUGCCCCCACCAGUUUGCUCACCUCUUGGGGCAUUUUGUAAUGUGUUUUCUCUGUCUUGUAAAACCUUUUGAUUGUACCGAAAUGGUAUCUGCAGUCGCCUUUGGAAAUAAAUGGUCAUUAAUUUGUGUACUUAGCAUUCUGAA